AUGUCACCUUUGCUCCUUCGCACCAGCAAGCUUCGUCUGUCUUCAUUUGGAAAAAGAAGGACAUGCCCUGGCGCCCAGACCCGCCCAGGAAGCCUAGAUCCGCCCAGGCCGCCUAGGCGCCGCCUAGAUCCCCCCAGGCCGCCUAAGCGCCGCCUACAUCCGCCCAGGCCUCCUAGGCCCCCCUUAACUCCCUGA